CGUCAAGCAAUAGGACACCUGAAUGUUUUCUGCUAAAUUACAUGUUUUUUUUUUCACUCAAUUACAGUGUACAGAAAAUUAAGAGCUUCAACGAUUGGGAUUCUGCUGAACGUUGCAACACCUGUUUGAAGGAAUGAUUAACGAGGCUGGUAAUGAUAUGUGUGUGUGUGUGUGUGUGUGUGUGUGCAUGGCAGGAGGUGAAGGUCAGGAUCACAGAGACUCGACACUUUAACGAAGGCAACAGAUUGUCCGACGGAGGAAGAGAGACAAUGUUACGAAGCAGCGUCCAUCGUCCUGGCUUAUUGUUUCUUUAAGGGACAGGAAGUGUCUCAAACUGCGAGGACCGCACUUCUCCGGCUGCCGUGGUCCGAUGCGGCCAGCAGAGUAACAGUGCUGGUUUGGAAGCAGAGCCACUUGGUUUCAGGUCUGAGGGAGCAGGAGCAGCGAAUUUGCAUCUACACCGCGUUCUUCGUCCUCCGCCUCCUCCUCGUCCUCCGCCACGGCUGCAACUUCAGCUCCUGCAGCAAAGGAACACCGUCGAAUCCUCAACGGGUCCGCCGUCUGGCUCCCCCAAAAUCUGCAGUAUUCUCAGUUUGAUUUGUCAUAACAAGAACUGUUUGGACAGAGGUUUGGACUUUACCACGUCGAUCCAGCCAGUUUCCAGACACAGGUGAAGCGUCACACAUCCCAAACUGUAAUUACCAGCAGACGACGCAUCAGCCUGCCAGCUGUAAAUAAUAAUUUUGUGAUGAGAGAUAACAGGGAUUUCUCCCUCUUAAUGAAAACAAUUAUAACAGCAGACCGGUACUGAAAUAGCUGAAAGACACCUACAAACGUCUCCCCAUCAACACUAACACUGUUUAGUUAUUUUAUUAAAAAGCAGCUUGUGUUUGGCUGUUUGUGUGUGAUUUAACUUGUUAAAACUCUACAGUGAAACAGUGAAAUGUACCAAAAGUUGAACUUUUUGUUCAUGAAAUACAGUUCUGGGGGACCAUCCCAUAAUCAUUACAAUUGAAUUAAUCAUAGAUCUCAUGAAUGAAAUGGUUAAAAAAAAGUCGUAUCGAAGUAAAAUAUUGGUUAGCAAAUUUGGGAGCAAAUAGCUUAGUGCGCUAACAAUGCUAACAGCCAGUAGCGUCUUCAGGUUAGCUCUCACGAAGCAACGCUUGAAUGAACUUCAGACAGAAAUGGAAACGUUUCAGAGACUCGAGUCGACUUAUUCGUCAGAAAAAGAGAAAAACGGUGACGGAUUUGCUGUCUGGGGGGGGCGGGGCUCCUCCAUCACAGUUGUCGCCAUGGCGUCGGCCGCUCUGGAGCUGAUGGGCUUCUUCCUGGGCCUGCUGGGAAUGCUGGGCACCGUGGUGGCCACCGUGCUCCCGUACUGGCGGAUCUCCGCCCACAUCGGCUCCAACAUCGUGACGGCGGUGGCCAACAUGAGGGGCCUGUGGAUGGAGUGCGUCUACCAGAGCACGGGGGCCUUCCAAUGCGAGACCUACAACUCCAUGCUGGCCCUGUCCCCCGACCUGCAGGCCUCCCGGGCCCUCAUGGUCAUCUCCAUCGUGCUGUCCGUGCUCGCCAUCGCCAUCGCGGCCCUGGGGAUGCAGUGCACGCUCUGCCUGGAGGGCGCCGGCGCGGCCAAGAGCCGCGUGGCCGGCGCCAGCGGGGGUCUGUUCCUCGCCGCGGGCUUCCUGUCGCUCAUACCGGUGUCGUGGACGACGCACGAGGUGGUGCAGACCUUCUACCGGCCGGACUUGCCGUCCAGCAUGAAGUUCGAGCUGGGCGAGUGUCUGUACGUCGGCCUGGCGUCCUCGCUCGUCACCAUGCUGGGGGGCGGGAUGCUGAGCGCGUCUUGCUGCGAGGAGCAGGACGGCGGCCGCGGGAGGCGGCGCGCCGGAGGCUACCCGUACCCGGCGGGCGUCGGCGUGCCGGGAGCCGCGGGGCCGCGGACGACCUCGCAGACUUACCACAACCCCAGCCUGCAAGCGGGGGGCGCCACCGCGGCCUCCAGGGGGCAGGCGAUGGUCCGCAGCACCAGCCACAGCUCCCAGUCCACCGCACACGGAGUCCAGGGAGCCAAGAAGCCCGCCGCGGCAGGAUAUGACAUCACGGGUUACGUCUGAGGUCACCAUCACUCCAUCACACCUUCAAACGCCUCACAGCUCACAUGUGUUUGUCCUCGGUUCUGAUCAGGACUUCAGUGGUUUUAAAGUAUGAUCUCUGGUGGGUUUAAGCCUCUUCUAAAGUCUGGUUUAAUAAAGUGACAGAUCACAAGGGACCCUUUGACAGAGUUUUCUCUCUACAUCUUCUGGUCACAUGACACACUUUUUCUCUCUGUUAAGUGGAAAAGUGGAAAAGUUAUACUGUCAGGCGCAUGUGUUGAAAAGACAGAGCGACCCUUUGAUUAUGUUGCAUUGACUGUUUUUAUUGAUUGACCCAUGCAGGCAUUGAUCAUUUUGUUAAGAGAAGAAAAUGCUAAAAACGAUGCUGUCUGUGAAGUUGAAUUGAUCCUGGAAACAUGCAAUUAAUUGAUUUGGUCGUUUCUAGUCUCGAACGGUUUCGUCAGUUUUAAUCCAGAAAAGAUUUGAUCCGUCAGUUGAUGUUUUAGCAACUAAACCCUAAAUCCAGCACAUUGACAAUAAUAUUUACCAGAGGAUUGUUCUCACGUGACUAAAAAUUACAAAUUUGAUGAUGGAAAAAUCCCACAAAACUUGCAACAUUUUCACAGACUUACUGGUGACUUGAGAACAUGUUGGUCCUGUUAUGCUGUAACCCAAAUCAAAAUGUUCUUUUCUACCUGAUUACAACUAAAAAAAAACUAUCAAUAGCGUUUUUCCAGCUUAUGAAUUGUGUGCCUUAUUAUUUUCAUUGCAGUGUGAACAUGUUCUUUCAUUUGGUUUGACAGUUAAAUAUAUUCAGGUUGAAACUUGAAUGCUGUUUGCUGAAUCUGCAGCAUCAGCAGGGGGGGGGGGGGUUUCUUCCCUCCUCUGGACGAAUAUUUAUACACAUUAGUGUGAAGAUCCCUUUUUUUAUUAACCAGUCUGAACAUCAAUCCACCUCCAAUCCGCCAUAUCGCAGGGUCUCAGUUGAUUUACAUUUUCUACAGAUUUAU